CGAUAGAAUUAGUGUCGGCAAUGGUGAUAUGAGUAAUGACAUUCAAGCAGUGUGGCACACAUACAUCAAUUCUCAGAAGAACGAUAGCCUAAAAAGAAAUAAGAAUUUAGAGCAAUUUCUGAAAUGUUAUCAGGACCUUUAUCAGUCUUCCAAGUGUACUCUUUUGGAUCUGGCCAGUGUCCAGAGUGUGCUCAUGGAGCACUUUAUAACCGAUAUCAUGGGCCUUUGUGACGAAAAUUCGAAGGAGAGUGUCCUGGAGGAAUACCUUUUGAGCCAGCAUGGGACACUUCUUAUUGAAACAUUAUCUUUGCUCACCAAACAAUCAGAGCCUACAACCCACAUCAGUGAACUAGCUCCUUUGGUAUUGAGUCUCAUAGACUUUAUCAUGAACUGGAAUACAAAUGUUGUCAUCAGUACAGAUCUCUUUUCAACGUGCUCUUUGGACAAGUGUUUUGGUGAUGAACCAGUGUUGAUUGUGAAUACUACAAACACAGAAAUACAGACAACAAUGAAUGAAGCAGAGAAUAUAACAGCUGGGAAAAUCGUGGAAGAGAAAGAAUCCAAGAGUAACGAUACAGAAAAAGAUCCUAAAAUAGACCCAGAAAGUGAGGCUCAACAGCGAGGAUCACUCUACUUGUCCUUGUCACAUCUCCUUAACCUUGCCAACAACUUGGGUUGUGUCCAAAGAUGUACUUCAAUUCCUGAAAACAAGGUCUCAAUAAUAAUUCUAGCUCACUUGAUUGGAGUUCUGGGUCAGCAGUGUUCGGAGCAAACUGAAAAGGAGCCACCUAGAAGUCCUGUCUGUAGUGUGUUUGUAAAGCGGUCCCUACUCCUAACCAUCCUCUCUAUUGCUAAUUCUAUCCUUGUUAAAGAUGUGCUGUUGCUGGCUCAGAGUCAGUUUAUGGAUCAGAUGAUCGCUCUUGCUGACACUUGUUCUGAUGCUAACAUCAAAUCUACUCUUUUAACUGGACUCCUAAUCCUGCUGGAAAAGAGUCUGAAUCUCCCUGGCAACGACAUUACAGGAUUCUCUACCUUCUUUGCUCAAUUCUUCCUCCUGGGGUUCAAACAGUGUGCCAAUACACUCUGCAACUGCGGCGAGGUGAUGUGUGAAAAAGAAGACGACUUACUUAAAGCCAGUUCGGAGACACUGAUAACACAUCUAGCUUCACUGCACGGUGCUAUCGAGAUGAGCGAGAAAUCAGGAUUAACAGAAUACAUAGAACAAAACAGAAUUAUUGGAGACUCUGUUGACAGCACUUCCACCCCUGGCUCAGCUCUCUUCUUUACAUUCGCCCUCUCCAAUUCCGUCUUUUUACAGGAGUGUGUGUUGGAUAGUUGCCUGGAACACGGUGUAGUGUGUAAUGUGUCUCUUAAACAGACGUUCACAUUGUUGCUGUGGAACUACAAGCAGCGUCCUGAACACGUACAGUGUAAAGUGCUGUCCGGACUUGAAAAGGUAGUACUGACUGCUGAUAAGUAUGAGUUUCUCUUCCCUACCUCUCCCUCCUCCUCUCCACAAUACCAAGCUGCUGACUUCAAGGAACGAUUCAUGAACUUCUCUAAUGAUUUGUUUGAGAAGCGGAAGAAGCAGCAAAAUGCAAAUAAAUCUAUCUCCGAUCAUUGGUCCUGCUUGUCUGACUACUGCCAGGUGUUACGAGACAGUAACGAAACACUGAUCACAACAUUGGGAGAACACCUCAGCUCACUUUGUAGUAAAGGAAGUCAACAACUCAGAACUAAACUACUUAAAUACUUGUUCCUAAAAGAGAUGCGUGAUAUUGGAAACUAUUUCGCGCUACACUACACGAAAAACAGCAGUCUCAGCAGACAGCAGCACAUGUCCAAUAUAGGUAUAAGCACGAUGAUUCUGUACCGAGACCUCUGCACUCCCGAACUAAUUGUCACUACAAUAAUGCCCUCGCUGCUGCACCUUCUGGACGACGCGGACAGGAAGCUUCUCUUUCACAGCGAGUCGGGCGUGGAUAGUCUGCAGUAUCUGAUCCACCACAAGCUGACACGAACUCACGUGCUCCAGCUUUACCAGCUUCUCAUCUCCGGGGAUCAGGGACCUCCCGAGCUUAUUCCGUUUAAUAUAGAACUGUUCUAUGACUUCGAAGUCGUUUUUAUUGGCACUAUCCGUCGCGGAGUAGAGUCCGCACCCAAGGCGGAGCCGCGGAAUCCGUGCGGACUCCGGGCCGGUGCUCCCGCUUAA